CAUUAGUGCUUAGUCUUUGUAACGAAGUGCUUCAUGAAGGAUACCAUUGAAGGAAGAAAGCAAUAAGGGUUAAAGAAUGAACUCUCUCAUCAAAGGAAUAUGGCUUACAUAUACAGCCGCAGCGUUACUUCUCGAGUGGAAUGUUGCAUGGAGUCAAGGAGAUGCAGGGUGGUAUAAUUUUCCAAAUCCACCUAUAGAAAAUGACCACCUUAAAAACCAAUCUGUGGUUGUCUGUGGAGUAGGAGAGUCAUUUUUUGAGAUAAUCAAUGCCACAGUAACUCCACGAAAGGUGGACGAUUGUUCUCAGAUAGUGACCUUGGAAGGGGCAGCGAUACUUUCGCAAGAUCUUUUGAUCAUCGAAUGUUUUGUCAGUGCAGAGUUUAAUGGAGUGCAGAUAGGCCAAGCAAGCGUCAGCGAUGCAUGCCAUCUUAUUGGCCUUCAAUGUCCCCUGUUAAAAGGAAAGCUAUAUAAAAAGAAGGUGCAAAUACCGGUGCCUUGUGCCAUGAAUCAGGGCGAAUACGUGCUGAAGGGGCAUUGCAAAAAUCAAGAUGGGGACAUCAUACUGUGCGGAAAGUGGAAAUUCACAUGGGUGUGAAAGUCUUUAUGUCAAGAAAGAAGAACAAGGUUAUAUUGCUCUUAAAGCAAUGAUGAUUCUGCUAUUUUGCUUGUCAUGCGUUUAUAAUUUUUUUUUAGGAUUGUGCUUUAUUUUAAAAUAGAUAUGAAUCUUACGUGCGAGUCAACAUUGUGUGUUGUGGGGUAAGGAAGUCUUAUUCUUCGUUGGGAUACCUCGAAAUCCCCGAAACUUUUAGUUUUAUUUUCGUUCCUAGAUCUUCUUCUCGAGGACUAAUAGGCUCCGGUACGAGAAUAGCAAAGUUUUUGUCUACCUGGUUCUAAACCUUGUGGAUAAAUGAGAUCAGUUGUGGAUGGGAUAUAACAAACCUUCCAAUGUGAUUGUGCUUUGAUAGUAAAAUCAAAAGAGGUCAGACGAAAGUGAAUAAUCUACACUUUACAUGAUUCAAUACUGAUGUUUUGCAUUACCAUAAAAUUGUUUAAGAUCGUCCUUUCAGAUAGAAAGGACAAUUCACGUUUCACUCGCUUAAUUUUAACUUACCGUUGAAAUCGCCUUUUCCGGAAUUGAGGAAGGGACUGGGAACAAGUGUGGAAAUAUUAAUCUAAUAAAAAAGCAAACCUCAUCCCAUGAAAGCUCCAGACACUUAAAUAAAGUGAUUUAAUUUAUCUUAUUUUCCCCAUCCCAUUGAAAGCUCACAGGCUAUUAUUAUCAGGCUAUAAACCAAUCGUAAUAAUCAGAGAGAAUGUAUGGUAUUUUGGCGGGGGAGCUGUCCUCAAACCCCAUACGUUCUAUUAUUUUUUUAGAUCAAUAUUUUUUUAGAUUAACCAGCUGUGUAUGGUUUAUAAGGGAAUGUAUGGGAGUUAUGAUAAAGUUACGAAAAUAAAAUGUUUCACUCAACA